AUGUCUUCACAGCGGUUUUAUCUUAUAGGCGACGACCCUUCCACUGCUAGGGAGAUCUUCGCGGAGCCAGCAUGGAAACUUGAAAUUCUGAGAAAAACUGUUGGACAGGAGUUCCACAUUGCUCAACCUCAAGAUUCAAGAAAUGACCUUGACGAGACGCAAGAAGUCCUUGCGUGCGACUCUCUGGUUGGGCUACGUAUUGAUGGCUCCGCCGUUUCCUCACCUCAGGGUCCUGGCGGUCUACCAAUCGUCGGGUCUUUCUACGAGAUCUACCCAGAUCAUCUGGGCAACCACUGGCGGUUGUUCCGCAAAUAUGGUCACGUCAUCAAAACGACCAACAUGGGCAAGACAACGUACCUUACGGAUUCGCCAGACGUGGCACAGGUUGCGCUGAUGGAAAGCCCCUAUUUCACCAAGUUGAUCAACGAAAACCAUCCUCUUAGGGGUAUCAAAGACAAUACAGCAAUCUUCCUCGGAGAUACUGAGACCGAUAACUGGCGAUUAGCGCACAAGUUUGUGCCACCUGCCAUGGGGCCCAAGGCUGUCCGUCAUUACACUCCGUUGAUGCAGAGCUGUGUGAGAAGCAGUUUCAAGGUCUUUGACGAGAUGGACGACAGGGGCGAGGCCUGGAAUGUUUACCAGUACAUGGUCAAGCUUGCAUCUCAAACGAUUGGCAAAUUCGCCCUUGGGAUGGACUUUGGUCACAUGGACGGCGUCGAUGCGCCUACACAUCCACUGGUUUCAAAUAUUGUCAACCUAUUAAGUUUGAACAAAAAGGUUACAACAAGGGGCGAGUGGUACCGAUCACUACCAUUCGGCGAUGCAGCCAAGUUGAAGGAAGUACAAAGAACAACGUACGGCAUGCUUGAAGAAGCAAUCGACAAGGCACCUAGCGCAGGUAGUAUGGAGGGGUUGUCACUGAACGAUGCAGCAUUAAGGGCAGCAUGUGUGGCCGACUACUUGAAUCAUGCGGUUGACGAGACGGGGCAGCACUUCCCGAAGGGAUUAGUGCUUUCCAAUAUGUUGGUCGUGACUGCUGCUGGGUACACUACUACUUCUUCGAUGUUAUCGUGGAUGGUAUAUGUCCUCGUCACUUACCCGGACAUACAGAGCAAGCUAUUGCAGGAAUUGGUCGACUACGAAAUCAGUAACGAGACGACCUGGACUCCAGAUUUGGCACAUGGCUUGCCAUACCUGGAUAAAGUUAUCAAAGAAGCGCAGAGACUUCACAACGCAUCAUUCCAGCCAGGGAGAACCACCAAGACGGAGGUUGUUCUACCAGGAGGUUAUCGAUUGCCCAAGGAUAGUACCGUUAUACCAGCACUAUACGCUAUCCACACAAAUCCGGAGGUAUGGAAGGAUCCCAUGCGAUUUGAUCCUGACCGCUGGGACACGGAAGAGGUCAAGAGCCGCCAUCGAGCAGCCUAUAUCCCGUUUGCUACCGGGCCUAGAGGUUGCAUUGGAUUCAACUUCGCCUUGCUCGAGAUCAAGGUUCUGUUAUCCGAGCUGAUAUACAGAUAUGACUUCUCUAGAGAAGGUUUGGAAGCAGUCGAAUAUGAUCCAGAGUUCCAGUUGAUUCGUCCUUUGAACCUGUAUGUCACCGCACAGAGGAGGACGAGCUGGCCAGCGAAAUCCCAGAAAUAG